AUAAAACAAAUCCCUUAAGUUUUUAUUUUUUUAAUUUAAUUAAUAAUACCAAGAAUCAGAUGCUAACUGUUUCUUACUUUCUCUUUAGAUCUCUCAUCUCUCUUCUCACUGUCUCCCUCUAAAUCUCCCAAGCUUUCUAGAGAGAGAAACCCCACUUCACAAAAAUGGCGACUCUUCACAAAUUCAAGCUUUUGGCGACGCAGUGCGCCGUCGCCGGAAGCCCAGGUCGUAGUCCCACCACCAGUCCUGUCGUCCACCUCCGCCGUCGCAAAACCCUCCGCAUGCUCCUCAACCGCUCUUCUGCCACCGAACGCCGCCGUUUUCACCGUCGUCACGACGACAACAACUUCGAUCCUCCACCUCCACCUCCACCGCCUCCACCGUCAACCAACUCCACUGCCGAUAGCAAGAAAAACUCCAACGGGAAGAAGAGCAGGAGAAAAUUAAAGGAACUCUUCGUAGCGUCGCCGCCGUUUGAAGAAAGAGAGAGUAACAACAAAAGCUGUGAAGAAGAAACGGAAGACUUGUUACCGGUUACCGGGAGUUCCGGUGAUGGGUUUUCAAGUCGAAGCUCUGGUUCUUUGAGACCGGUAACGGCGUCAUUUCGAUACAGGUUAUUAAGGAGAGCUUGGCGACCCAUGCUGGUUACUAUUCCAGAGUAAAUUAUAUAUUUUUUAUUUUAAUAAUCUUUAAUUAAAAUUAAAUCUGUGCAAAAAAAAAUGUAGCUUU